GAUGUCUGUGGCGGGGCUGAAGAAGCAGUUCCACAAAGCCAGCCAGUUGUUCAGUGAAAAAAUUAGUGGAGCAGAAGGAACAAAACUAGAUGAAGAAUUUCAAGAGAUGGAAAGGAAAAUUGAUGUCACCAGCAAAGCUGUAGCAGAGCUUCUGUCAAAAUCCACAGAGUAUCUUCAGCCAAAUCCGGCAUACAGAGCCAAGCUGGGAAUGCUGAACACUAUGUCGAAGAUCAGGGGACAAGUUAAAACCACAGGAUAUUCCCAGACAGAAGGGCUAUUAGGGGAUUGUAUGCUACGGUAUGGCAGAGAACUUGGGGAGGAUUCUACAUUUGGCAAUGCACUGCUGGAUGUUGGUGAAAGCAUGAAGCAGAUGGCAGAGGUGAAGGACUCUCUCGAUAUUAACGUCAAGCAAAACUUCAUUGAUCCUCUACAGUUAUUACAGGACAAAGACUUAAAAGAGAUUGGGCAUCAUCUGAAGAAGCUAGAAGGCCGUCGUUUGGAUUAUGACUAUAAAAAGAAGCGUUUAGGGAAGAUCCCAGAUGAAGAAGUUAAACAAGCAGUAGAAAAAUUUGAAGAGUCAAAGGAGCUGGCAGAAAGAAGCAUGUUCAACUUUUUAGAAAAUGAUGUAGAGCAAGUUAGCCAGUUGGCAGUAUUUAUAGAAGCAGCAUUAAACUACCAUAAACAGUCCACAGAAAUUCUGGAGGAACUGCAGAGCAUACUGCAAAACCGAAUAAAUGGAGCAUCUAGUCGUCCUAAGCAUGAAUUCAAGCCAAAACCUGUAAUAACUUCAGCUCUGGAAAUCAGUGAUAAUCAGCAGCACAAUGGGAUAUCGUACAUUUCUUCAAUAAAAUCAUCAGGUUCUUCAGUGCACGUGGAUCAGCCUUGCUGCCAAGCUCUGUAUGACUUUGAGCCAGAAAAUGAAGGCGAGCUUGGAUUUAAGGAAGGCGACAUCAUUACUUUGACCAAUCAGAUCGAUGAGAAUUGGUACGAAGGGAUGUUAAAUGGAGAGUCUGGCUUCUUCCCCAUUAAUUAUGUCGAAGUGAUGGUACCUUUGCCUCAGUGA